AUGAACGACAUACGUCAGAGACACAGAGCAAAAUGCCUCGAGUUCUUCAAAGACCGCUACGAACAGCGUAUCCACUAUUAUGGUCUCAUUCCAUAUGAGAUGCCCACCAAAUCUACCCAUAACAUCGACCCUCUUUUGCCAUUUCUACUAAAUGACAAGUCGUUCUACCAAGCAAGACUCUAUGCCUCUGACACUUCGCAAACCUUUGAAAUGGCAAAAGCGCUAUGGGAAAGUUUGGGUAUGAGCCCUGGUGACUACACAGGCCUCCUGGAAUUUGUAUCAAAUCCAAGAAGCGCAUUUUGGGCAAGAUACCAUGAUAAGGCAUUAUCGAACACAACACACAUUCGCUACCACAAAGAAAUGAGUCUUGUUGAACUAUUGGUUGCACUCAGCGGAUGGCCUAAGCGAGAUCAAGAUCUAGCGCAUCGCACUAUCGUAACUACGAUGGAGACCUACAUGCAUUACCUUUUGGGACACCAUUAUGGAGCAUUCUGGACUUUGAAGCCAAUGAAACAGAACAAUCACAUGUACCCUCUUGAAUUCGGUCUCAUGGUCUACAUUGAAGAACAAUGGAAGAAUAUUGCAUGGGUCUACCUAGACUGUGCAGUUCCUGCCAUUCCAAACCUGGACAUGUUAGGAGAUGUGGAAUCAUCGUUGAUGGAUCGCAUAGAGAAAGAUAAAGUCUUUGGCGAAAAUGAGAAGAGAGAAACGCCUCGUUCCGUUCACGUCCUUUUCUCGUCUGCCGGCACCGGUAAAACACGACAGAUAUUUGAACUAUUGCAAAAGCAGUGGGGAUUUUAUCUUCUUGCCCCAAAUCUGGCUCCAAAAGCGGAACUAUCAAGGACUGAUGGUAAAGACCAUGAAGGCAUGGACAUCAUAGAUACGAAACGAUAUUCGGCAUCGAGAGACACUUAUACCAUGUUUGAGGAUCAUCCACAGAUGAUUCCAGAGUGGAUUUCGAAAGAGAUCAAUGUCUUCCGGCCUCUUAUCGUCGCACGUGUUGCGCUGCUUUACGAGUUUUUGCGCAGGUACCCUUCUCCAACACCAAGACAAUGGCUCUGGUUGCAGGUAUCCUGUGAUAAUUGCGACCCGUUCGAUGCCUUGUAUAGACUUUUCAGAUUGUCAGCAGACCAGUAUCUAUGGUGGGAUGAAUAUGUCUAUGUUUGGGCAGAAAUACCGGGCUUCAUCAUAUACAAAUGCUAUAGCUUUCUCAGUAAAGAACCUAACCAGUUCUUCAAGGGCUCGUUGUAUCACUGUUUUGAUGAAGCGCAACUUACUCUCGACGACCCUCAGGCUUCCUCGAUGCUUCGUCAUCUUUACGAGACACUCACAUUGACGUAUGUUGUGCCAUGGGCUAGCGCUAACAACAAAGAAUUAGUUGACAGGCAUAUGGAGGAUCCGGAGAGUGAUGCAAGAUCAUUGCAGACCAGUGAUGAGAUGCCGUAUGUAGACCCUAUCCUGGUGCUUUUGGGGACAUCCCUUCGCCUGGAAGUGCUUCAAGAAAAUCUUGCCACCUACUCUUCGGACGCAUGGGGUGAGGGCGAAGAAACAGUGACGAAAUGGGACAGUUAUCGCAUUGAUGAUACAUUUCAACUAAUUGCAUCUGACGCGGACUUUUGGGCGCUCUACGAGAAACAUACGACUGAUAUCCUCAAAGAAUUCAGAACCUUCCGAGGUGUAAAGGAAACUGUAACUUGGUCAAGCCUACCACUUUUGAGCCGCAGUGGUCGGCCUUUGCCGUUUGAGUCAUCUGAGGUUGAUUUCGAUUCAAUUGAGGCAUGGGUACGGAGACCAUUGGAGGUUCCUACGACGCAAGAGUUUCUGGUCCUGGUCAUGCAGGCUCAUUGCUUGAUGGAGAGCGACAAGAUUUCUACUGAUAUCCCACGAGUGCAGCUAGAAGAGCUUCUUGAGAAUCGAGAUUCAGAAGCUGUUGCUUCGCUUGUUACUCUGAGUCUCGUCCAACUCCUCGAGGCCGAUACAGUACCAGGAGCAGAUAGUUUGGGUCUUUCAUUACUAGAAUUACUGGCUGAGCAUGGGAAUAUUGCUAUAGAGGAAAUGUCUUCCAUCAUGCAGAACAUAUUUUCGCGAGUGGCAACUCCCAAUACAUCGCUGAGUGGAAUAGCAGCGACUUUACACACUGGUCUGAGAAACCUGCACGUCCGAAAUAUGAUCAAGUUGCACAGUAUUGGUCAGCGUGGACGAUAUCGAUGGUCAACGGUCUACAUUGAGGAGUUGAUGAUGCUUUAUCCGCGUUUGACCGCCCCAGGAUCGACUCUUUCAGAAAUACAAAUGAUCAUCGAGGAGGCAGAAAGCAGAACGAUAGCAGCAGCCAUCAAUGCUCUCAAAGAUCAAAUUCGCAAGAUGAAAUCAGCUGGGAAGGAACAAUUAGUUCAAGAGUUGUUUCGUGCUGGAAUCAGAGCAGAGAUGAUGAGCUCCCCUUCCAUCUUUGUCAAACGGAACUUUGCACAGUUAGUGACCCACGGAUUUGCAUUAGUCCAGAAAGACGGAGACACCAUAAGGUAUACAUUUUCCGAGCCGAUAGCUGUUCGAGCGGUGAUGGAAUAUCUUCGAACGGAAGGGGGGGACGACUAUCAAGAUCUCAUGUUGCAAUGGCUUGUCCAUACCCAAGAUGAUUAUGAAGUUCGAGCAAUGCUUGGUAAGGCUACCGAGUGGUUCGUUGCAAUGUCAUUCGACCGUUUACUCCGACCUCAACUCAUUGAUCAGGCUGGCCAACUAAGUCUCUUGGAAAGGUCCUCCCAUCGAGAAAGCUUAUUGAAAUAUCUGUCAGAAUCUAUUGCCAUCGAUUCGAACACCCAGCAGAUGUUCAAGCUGAGCUCCGUGGUAAGGAUAAGCGACUUUUCGCUGCCUGAAUCGCAGAAGGCUUUCAGGUAUGAAACACCAUGUACGAUCUGGGACUGGUUGAAACAACAACGAUCAGGUGACCAAGUAUCUACACCUACCUUCAUUUUUCCCGAUAUCAAUGCUGGUCCGGAUCUGGUUUUCCUACUGCAGAAGCAGUUUACGGGCUCUACAAGGCACAGUAUCAAGACUGGCCGAGGAGCCCGCUUUGAGGAUGCGAUGGAAACGUUGUUAGAUUGCAACUGGCAUAAGAACCUGAAGAGUGCUACGCGAGAAGCUGAAGCCAGAGAGCUUCAACACUGGGGAGACACUCCAUUUAUAUUACUACUCGUGUGCACAGGAAUUACAGUCAGGCAGACGAGAUUGCAAAGCUGGAUCCGGAAGAAUUACGAUCGCAUCAAGGCAAACCACUUUAUCUGCGUUUUAGAUAAGAGUGUGGCUAGCAGCAUCUGGGGAAGUGACUUUGCAGCUCUGGUUGAUGCUAUAAGGAGACAGGAUUCGCAGGAGGGCAAAGGCUGGGAGCAACAGAUUAGAAAACACAGCUAG